CGACUACUUCCGGGGGCGGCGCUACUUCGGUCAUUACGGAAAAUGGCUGGCCGCUGAGGCUUUCUGGGGGCGCCGCUAUUCCCACGAUUAGGGCCAAGCUCUCUCGCUCGCUCUCUCUUCUGGGCGGCUGCUUGGACUUGGCCGACCGCGGCCUGCUGGGCGAGAUGGCGGCCGAGAUUCACUCGCGGCCUCAGAGCAGCCGGCCGGUGCUGCUGAGCAAGAUCGAGGGGCAUCAGGACGCCGUCACCGCCGCGCUCGCGAUCCCCAAAGAGGACGGCAUCAUUACGGCCAGCGAGGACAGGACGAUUAGAGUAUGGCUGAAGAGAGACAGUGGACAGUAUUGGCCCAGCAUCUACCAUACAAUGUCAUCUCCUUGUUCAGCUAUGGCUUAUCAUCAUGACAGCAGACGAAUAUUUGUAGGCCAAGAUAACGGAGCCAUUAUGGAAUUUCACAUCUCAGAAGACUUUAAUAAGAUGAAUUUUGUCAAGACUUAUCCAGCACACCAGAACAGAGUGUCAGCAAUUACUUUUUGCUUGGAAGCAGAAUGGGUGAUUAGCACUGGCCAUGAUAAAUCUGUCAGCUGGAUGUGUACCAGAAGUGGAAAUAUGUUGGGAAGACACUACUUCACUUCCUGGGCAUCUUGCCUACAAUAUGACUUUGAAACCCAGCAUGCCUUUAUUGGAGACUACUCUGGACAGAUUACUUUGUUGAAGUUAGAACAGAGCACGAGUUCAGUGAUCACAACUCUCAAGGGUCAUGAAGGAAGUAUUUCUUCUUUGUGGUGGGAUCCUGUUCAGCGAUUACUCUUCUCCGGAGCAUCUGAUAACAGCAUAAUUAUGUGGGACAUUGGUGGAAGAAGAGGUCGGACCCUGCUUCUUCAAGGUCAUCAUGACAAGGUGCAGGCCCUCUGUUACAUCCAGCUCACACGACAACUGGUUUCUUGUUCAGCAGAUGGAGGGAUCACAGUCUGGAAUAUGGAUAUUAGUAGAGAAGAGGCCCCACAGUGGUUAGAAAGUGAUUCUUGUCAGAAAUGUGAACAGCCAUUUUUCUGGAAUAUAAAGCAGAUGUGGGAUACAAAGACUCUUGGUCUGAGGCAGCAUCACUGUAGGAAAUGUGGUCAAGCAGUAUGUGGCAAAUGCAGCACGAAACGCUCCAGCUAUCCCAUAAUGGGCUUUGAAUUCCAAGUCCGGGUUUGUGACUCUUGUUUUGAGUCUAUCAAAGAUGAAGAUCGCACUUCUUUGGCAACUUUUCAUGAAGGAAAACACAACAUAUGCUAUAUGUCCAUGGAUAUUUCAAGAGGACUUAUGGUGACAUGUGGAAGUGAUCGUGUAGUAAAGAUUUGGGACCUGACACCAGUAGUCGGUUGUAGCCUUGCAACUGGAUAUACUUCCCGUUGAUCUGCGUUUUUCAGAAUAGUAUACUGUAUGCAUCAAAUGGAUAUAUUCCCUCUCAUAUCCCUGCCACACAUGCCGGCCGCUUGACUUUGAGAAUAUCAUUUUCCUAAGAUGGACAUUUUUGUUUUGUGGGACAGAAUCCUUGUUUAGAGCUUAUGAGGAAUGAUGGAAGGCACCAGAUACAAGUUGAUGGCCUGUGGAAUGAACAAUAGGAAGAUUUACAUAACCACAAAAUAUCCGGCCUAGGAAGACCACUCAUAGCUUGAUUUACUUGUAGCAUUCAGUGUGCUUUCUCUGCUGAAAUUAUAUUGUACUGUGGCUAAGGGUUAAAAUGAGUACAGUAUACUGUAGUGACAACAAAACAUGUUCAAAAUAGCAGUAACGUAUUCUUUGUAAACUGUCCCUGUAGACUAGUUUUGUCUUAUGAAUAGUCACUGUGAAUAAUGGCUCACAGACUUUGAAUAUAACUUUGCUAGCAGGAGGGGAAAAAAUUAUUUCCCAGCAGCGUUGCAAUAGGAGUGUUUUGGACUGUUUUGUUUCUCUGUUACAUUUAAUGUUGUUCCAGUUUUAAAUUGUCUACUGAGGAGUGGGUGGGUAGAUCCUUGGCAAAACACUAAAAGUGGUUUCAAUAAUGGCUGAAGCUAAAUGAGGGAUUGGAAUCGUACUUUUUGUAUGUAGUAAAAUGGUACAGUUGAGACUUGGUGAAAUGGACAGUAAAGGUUUGUUGAACAGAAGCCCAAUUUGUGAGGUAAAGGUAUCAAGUUUCUCUAAAGGCAGUUCCAAAUCAGAUUUUUAAUUCAAUUUCAGCAAUAACUAGCAUUGUACCAGAAAAGCUUGCAUGUGGACUGCUGCAAGUAAAAAUGGUAGGAAUAGGUAAAUUUAAUAAAUAGAUAAAUAAGUAAAUAAGUAAGUAAGUAAAAUAAUAGGGGGAUGUGUACAUUAAAAUUUGUCAUUACUUUUAAAAAUGAAAGUACCUUGUUAUAGUACAGAAUUUUAAAGAGAAAUUUCAGGUUGCUGCUCUUUUCAUGUUGAAGGUUAAAUUGUGUGACUAAACGUAGCUUUAUAAAAUCUGAUGUAGAAUCAUCAACAUCAAUGAAGUUAAAUAAUUGCUAAUUAAAACCGAUGGGAAACAUUCAUUUCAAAGUGCUGCACAGAUAAACUGUUCAAACUACCUUCCAAUUAAAACAAUUUUUUUGUAUGCAAAUAGUGUAAUCAGACACUUUUUUUAGGGGAUAUUUAAAAGUAAGUGAAGAAAAAAUGACACUCCAUCUUUCUCAAGGAAAGUUGUUUUAGAUUAAUCAUGAAGCUAUACCAUCAUGUUAAAAUGUAAGCCUCAAAGAAUCCGUUAAAAAAGUCUUCCUUAGGGCAAUACAUAUGAGGAAGGGAAUUAUAUAACCUGUGGAUUAUAUAACCUGAGGGAUCAGUGUUGGAAAGUCAUAAAAUGGGUAUAAUCAAUGCUAUUGUUAUGGAAUUAUUGCUUCUAAACCUCUUAUAUGAAACUAAUUUUCAGGGAGGAACAGAGAUAAAAAAGAAAGGAAGAACCAAACAUUUCAGCAAUAUCACUAUAAAAUAAGGUAAAUCAUUAAAAAAAAUGGUUUUGUUAGUGUGGUUAGAGUAUUUACUUACCUGCCUUAUUAUGUUGUAUAAAAAGGAGUUUAACUUGUUUGAGUUAAACCAGAAUUAAUAAUUUCACCUCAGUGUCCUACCAACAAUGAAACAUACAUCUGGGUUAAGAAAAGCAUCACCUUACACAAAAGCAUUUGUAGUUUUCCUCCCCAACCCUCUUAAUAUCCCCUUAAACUUGGGAUAGCCUGCUGUCGCCAGAGAACAAUAUUCUCAGGUGUCAAUAUUUUUACAUAGAGAAGGCCACCUACUGUUUUCACUUACUGUACAAAUUGCACAAAAAAUACCUUGAAAGAUUUGGCAGGUUCACUCAAAAUGAUCCAUCAUUUUGCCAAAUUUGUUCCAGGACUGAAGAAUAUUUUUCCUGGUUUGAUAUAGGUAGAUAGCAAAUAUUAUUAAUAUUAAAGUGGAUGGUUCAAAUAGAUACACAAAGAAAUGUUGGCAAAACACUAUAUUGUUUCUAUAUCCAAUGUUGAAGUUCUUCUGAUAUAUAGACCUGUAAACUCUACUGCUUGCUUUGGAAAUAAAAUGCUUUUGUGCGUUUAAGAAUAAGAAUAGAAUAAGAAUCAUGUUGUACAUGGUAACAAAAUUGGUCCUGUACUUUAAGUGUGCAAUCAUUCAGAUUUGACUUAUUUACUAUGUUUCUCCUCUCCCCCUCCCCGAAUCCUUUCUUUAUGGGGGAACCAGAAGGACUAAUGUAUUUUUGUCUGAUGACCGUAUUCUCGUGAAACAUUGUAUCUUUCAUUAUCUGAGAAACUGUUAUUACUGUCCGUUCUCUUUUUUGUCUUAAAAAAUGAAAAAAAAAUAUUUGACUAUUAUAUAAUAAAAAUAUUUCCUGUAAA